CUUUUUUGAACACCAUGAGCCCUCUAAUUCGAGGCCUAGCAACCUCACAAUUCAUCCUCCUGUACAGCUUCUACUCCACAAGCAAAGAAAAAAAUAAAAAUAAAAAUAAAAAAUCCUUUUUUUUGUAUUAAUGCUUUAAAACAACUAUUCUCUCUCUCUUUUUUAUUUAUUUCUUCUAAUGGACUUCUCAUGUUCAUCUUCAAAAGGCAACCUGCAAAAAUAUUUUCCCCACCUUCACCUUGUAAAUGCUCCUGACCAAUUCCCUGAUGCUUCCAUUAUUCCCUCUCCUUUCCCUUUGUCUUCCAUCUCCUCCUCUAUUCUCCCAUCUAACCCUUUCAAGAACAGAUGCUCAUUUCAAGAAAAUGUUCUCAAUCUAACAGUGGAAUUGGCGUUGAAAGCUCAAAGACUGGUUCAAAGAGCUGGGUUCUCACAGGUUAGAUGCCACAGUAAGGCAUUAGCCUUCGCUAACAUCGGCCAAUUGCAGUCGGACACGAAACACAUCUCGGAUUUACCGGUAUCGAAACAUGAGGCACAGGGCGAUGGCGAGGUUAAGGUGGUGGAGAAAGUUGGUGGGAGGGCCAGUUCAUUUAGAGAGAUGCCAAAGUUUCUCCUUGCUGGUGCUGUGUCGACUAUAGUCUCAAGGACAUUUGUUGCCCCAUUGGAGAGAAUAAAGCUAGAGUGCAUAGUGCAGGGUUCCAAGUAUAGUUGGAUAAAAGCGGUGGAGUGUAUAUGGGUAUCAGAGGGCAUAGGGGGGUUUUGGAAAGGGAAUUUAUUGAACCUCUUCCGCAUGGUUCCCUUCAAAUCCAUCAAUUUCAUUUGCUACGACAUCUACUGCGACGCCCUUCGCCAAAAGAAAGAUGAACUCACAAACCAUGACAGACUCAUUGGUGGUGGCAUCUCUGGGAUCACGGCUACAGUAGUAUGCCUGCCCUUGGACACGAUCCGAACCAGGCUCUUGGCUCCAGGAGGUGACACAUUAGGUGGGGUUACAGGUUGUAUCUCUAACAUGGUCCGCAAUGAAGGCUUCUUCUCUCUCUACAAGGGUCUCACACCAGCUCUUCUCAGUAUGGGCCCUGCUAGUGCUGUCUUCUAUGCAGUUUAUGACAUUCUCAAGUCCUCCUACCUUCGUUCUAAGGCUAAGGCUGGUAACAGUGAGAGUGAGGCGUGUGAAACCGAAUUGGGACCUGUGAGGACUCUGAUCUAUGGAGCGGUGGCAGGUGCAUUUGCAGAGACGGUUACGUACCCGCUAGAGGUGGUGCGGCGGCAGCUCCAACUACAGCGUGCUGCUAAGGUUGGCUUGUUCUCGGCCUUUGCCUGCAUGAUACAGAGGGACGGGCUCAAUUCCCUCUUUGCGGGUUUGAUGCCGAGCACGCUACAGGUCUUGCCAUCUGCUUCUCUGAGCUAUUUAUUCUAUGAACUGAUGAAGUCCCUUCUGAAAAUAAACUAACUUAUAUUGGGAGUUUUUCACUGGAUUAUUUCCGAAUGUACCGUAGUUUUGUCUCAAUUUCUUUUUGUACGGCAUCAAUAUAAGCCUAUGAAUGAAUGGGCUGAAUUCGGUUUCUAUGUAACUUGACUUAAACAUGCUAAGGAAAAUAGAUGCUUUUGGCACUAGGAGUUGUAAUGAUACAAAACAGGCCUUGAAUUA